AUGAAGCCCACCAAAAAUCCUCAGCCGGUAUCGGCUUCCCAUAACGAGAACGUUCCCUCACUUGACAAUACCCCAGUGCACGAGGCACACACGAUAAAGGGCCUGAUUGUCGGUGGAAAAUAUCGAGACGAACUUUCACAAGAGCAAAGCCAGCACUACGACAGCAGCUUAUUGCAAGAGGUCGACGUCGACCUUCCCCUCACAGCCACAAAGCCUGUACAACAUGACGGCCAAGAAUUCAUCGUACUUGACUUCGUGGAAGGAGACAAGCAGAACCCCUUCAACUGGAGUUCAGGCCGAAAGGCGUUCAUCAGCGCCCAGCUUUGCUGCAUGACACUUUUCAUCGGUCUCGCCACGACAGCAUACAGUUCCGGAAUUUCACGCAUGGCAGCAGAGCUAGAAACAACAGAGCUGAUUGGAAAGCUUGGUCUAUUCACCUUCAACUUUACCUGUGCACUUGCGCCCCUUUUCCUCGCUCCGUUCUGUGAGCUGGCCGGUCGACGAGUGAUCUAUAUCGGUGCCUACGUCUGCUUCUGUCUUAUGUUCAUCGGCCUCGCGCUAGGCAAGAACAUCGCCACGAUCCUAAUCUGUCGUGCUCUGCUGGGUCUGUUUGGUUGUGUUGGCACAAUUCUUGUCGGUGGCACUUUUGGCGACAUGUAUACACCGGAACACCGUGCUAUCCCGAUGGCGUCUUUCUCCUACAUCGCAAUCCUCGGUACAGUCGGUGCGCCCAUCUACGCUGGCUUUAUCGACCAGGCUCUCGGCUGGCGCUGGCUCGAAGGUAUCCAGGGUUUGGCGAACAUUCCCCUUGGUAUCAUCAUUGCCAUCUGCCUACCCGAGACUCGUGGCAGCGUGUGUCUCACCAAGCGUGCGAAGGCAAUCCGCCAGGCCACCGGUGAUAACCGUUUCGUGACCCACAACGACAUUGAAGCCCCCGGGAUCAAGCACAUGUUGCACAACUCCUCCGUCAAGGCUGUGAAGAUGCUCUUCAGCGAGCCCGUCGUCUUCGCCUUUGGUCUCUGGAUCAGCUUUGCCUGGUUCCUGACUUUCCUCUUCCUUUCCGUUAUCCCAAUCACCUUCCAAGAGAAGCGUGGCUGGAACGAAGGGGUCUCGGGUCUUCCCUAUAUCUCUCUUUGUCUCGGAACCACCAUUGGCUUCGGUCUCAACUUCUUCCAAAUCAGAAAAUACCAAUCCCUCACCUCCGACCCGAACGCUGAGGUUGCACCCGAAGCUCGUUUGUACGGUGCCUUAUGCGGAGCCGUGUGGUUACCGAUCGGACUAUUCCUCUACAGCUUCACCCAGUACGAGGGCCUCCCUUGGAUCGGUCCCGUCAUCGGACUGGCCCUCAUCACCAUCGGUAUCUUCUUCAUCUUCGAGUCCUGCUACAGUUACACUGCCGAUUGUUACGGAGAGCACUCUUCCUCCGCCAUUGCUGGUCAAGGUUUCAUGCGUAACACACUUGGUGCUGUGUCGCCUCUAUUUGCUUCCCAGUUCUUCCACAACAUGGGCAGUCAGUACGCUGGAUUGCUACUGGCAUUAGUGGCGACCGUCUUGACGUUUAUUCCGUUCGUCCUGUUCAAAUUUGGUCCGGCGCUGCGCGCACGCUCGAGACUUGCCUCUGCCACUGUGAACGGGACCGACUAA